AUGGAAGAGCCCAAUAAAGAGAAGGAAAAGGAGGAGAAAGGGAGAGAAGAGGUUCGAUAUCGGGGUGUUCGAAGGAGACCUUGGGGAAAAUUCGCGGCGGAGAUAAGAGACCCAUCAAGGCAUGGAGCAAGGUUAUGGCUAGGGACAUUUAAUACGGCGGAGGAGGCAGCUCGUGCUUAUGAUAGAGCUGCAUUUAGCAUGAGAGGUCAUCUUGCAAUCCUCAACUUUCCUAAUGAUUAUCUCUCUCAGGUAACGGGAUCCUCUCCUCAAUCAUUUUCAUCAUCUAGUAGCAAUGUUGGUGCAAGCGAGAGUUUCGAGACGGGAAGCUCAUCGAGUACCGGACGAGGAAAGCAAGUUAUCGAGUUGGAGUACUUGGAUGAUAAGAUUUUGGAAGAGCUUCUUGAAACAGAAGAGGAGAAGAAGAAACGGCAGCAAGAUUGA